AUGAGAAUACCCAUUGUCAGCAGGCAAAAUCUCCACUCGUGUCAGCUUGGUGCAUAUGAGGUGUCAUGGUUGCCGGCUGCCUUCUUUGCAGCGCGCGCUGCUGCAGUGGAAUGCAGAUGGAGGCCUUUCGGCGCUCCGCAGCCUUGGGGUGGUGAUAGCUUCACUCCGCUUCCAAGGCCGGCUCUCUUUUGCUCGAAUUCGUCUGAUCAUCUCAGUGCACACCGGCAAGCACGUUCCGUCAUCUUCAUCGGAUUGCAUUCUCUUCUCAUACCUGAAGGACACGGUGGUGCCCCAUUUCUGCGCGUGACAUUUGCCAACGUGGCCAAGAGGCCACCCCUUUUGGUUGAGCUUCGCCGUGCCACUGCCACGGGUAUCUCGAAUCUCGAGCCACUUCGCGCUUCUUCCGCUCCGACCUUCUCACUGCACGCUCACGAAGAGCUCUACCACUCGCUACCAAUUUGA